AUGUCUCUCAUGCUAUGCUUUCGGCAACUAACUCGAUGCUUCAUCAAAGCAAGCAUACCUUUUUCUUGGGAAGAUCUACUUGUUCUAGUAUCAUUCGCUUUCGCAUCGGGAGAGUCGGUCAUCACGGUCAUUCCGGGGAGCGAAAUCUACGGCAAAGAAAUUUCCAUGAUAACUACUCAAGAAUUGAGACAAGGAAACAAGCUUGGACUUGCGCGAGAUCUACUCUUUAUCCUCAGUAUUGGAUUCUCAAAGCUGUCCGUCUACUUGAAUUUAAUUGCUUUAUCCCCGAGUGCAACUCAUCGACGAAUGACACAUAGUCUUGGUGGUUUGGUUGUAAUAUGGAUGGCCACCUCAUUAAUUGGCACGGGAUUUAAACACCCAGAUAUCAUGUCAUGCAAUUCCAAUAUCGGCGGCGGUCAUCUUGGUCAGCAAGAAUUUCUCACGUAUGUCGCUGUCAUGAACAUAAUAACCGACUUCAUCCUCAUCGCUAUUCCGAUAUGGAUCAUCUCCCCGCUGCAUAUGGCUUUGAAUUUUCGAGUGGUCCUUGUUUCGUUUUAUAUAAUAAGAGUCUUGUUCGUUUCCCACCCCUUCACCGAGAUAAAACCACGCCCUGACCUAAGAAAGCGUCAUAGUAGCUACGAUCUGCCAGCUGGUUUACCUCCCUCGCCUAUUCGAAGACGAUCGCACAUUGCUGUCCUUCCCUUACUACUUAUGCGCUCAGAUACCCAGUUUCCGCUCACGAAACUUUCUCAUCAAACCUUCGAGAAGAGCGAAUCAACAAAACGAACGACUGGUUCCCAAAUCCAAGACAGAAGUAAUUAUGUCGAAAUCACUACGGAUAUUGCUGUGUCUCGAGGUGGGCAUGGAGAACAACCCCUCUCUACCGCCGACAUAUACAAUUCUAGUUGGGAAAGAUGA